AACAAAGGCAGUGACAAGCACGAGACGUGAACAUUUCCUCGCAUAUUUUUUCACUUUUCUUCACAUUUUUCCACGGGAAUUCCGUGAUAGCAGGUCUUGAGACACUCUGCAAAGUGAUGUGCAGUGGUGAUUGUGCAUAAAAAGCCGUGUUAUGCUGCAAAAAUGGAGGAAAACAUCGAAAAUCCUCAAGAAAUCUGUACGCACGACGGCGUAUUGCUGAAGAAAGCGAACUCCGCUGUUGCUGUGGAAGUGAACACGACCGGCAGCAUCCAUCUGAUCCACAGUCUGGCGACGAAUGAGUUGUGGAUCGAGUGGCGUCUGAACGAUGGCUUCUUGAUCUCCGACACGGACACGCAGGAGCAGGACGAGUGGUCCUUCGUGGACACGAUCGUCCGUCGGAAUCGUACAAUCAGCGAAACGCUCGUCUUCAAUCCGAACACCAGCAACAUCACGCUGAAAGAUGUGCAGACGCCGCCGAAGAACCGCAUGAUUCGCGUGAAGCUGCGCGAUCUCAAGUCCGUGGAGGUGCUGAAGAAUGGGCUGGUGAUCAAGCUGAUCGGGCGCGUGGACGGGCGGCUGCACAGCGAGUACGUGUUUCAGCAUGGGAAUGCGGAUAACUUCGUGAGGAGUUUGUCCUCGACGCACUGCCUGCAGCGCAAUCACAGGAAUCGCAAUGUGUACGACGUUGUGGAGGACCAGCAGAGGCCGCAGGACCGCGACAAGUUGCAGAAGACCUUCGCGGAGCUGCAGAUUGAGGACAUCAAGUCGGGAAGUGGCUGGAUUUCCAACAUGAUGAGACGUCCAUACGAGCAGACGAUGGACAUUUUCGCUAAGAUUGCCGACGUUUACGUGGCCACGCCGGUCUCCCCGCCCUCCUCAAGUCCGGACAACGGCCGGCCGGCGGACGGACAGAAUGCGAUGAUGCAGUCGACGACAGAAGACUACGAGGUCUUGGGCACUUCUCCUCGCCAGACGGACUCGGAUUGUGGCGAUACAGUUCCUGGGGUGGCGAAGCGAAUAGAGAUGCCGGGAUUGUCCGCCGUGGAGAUACAGCCGCGCGGGCAGCCGCUGAGCGAAAUGGUGUGGCGGAGCAUGAUCAACGAGGACGGUAGCAUUCCCAGCGACAAGGUGGACUUGAUCAAGGAGAAGAUCUUCCGCGGUGGUAUCGAGCCGGACAUUCGGGCGGAAUUGUGGAAGUUCUUGCUGGACUACGACUUGUGGGCGAACACGAACACGCAGCGCGAACACAGGCGAGCUCAGAAGAGGAUUGAGUACUACACGAUGAAGUCACAAUGGCUGCGCAUGACAUCGGUGCAGGAGAGCAAUUUCUCCGAUUUCCGCGAUCGCAAGUGCCAAAUUGAGAAGGACGUGAAGCGCACAGAUCGCACACACGAGUUCUUUGCGGGCGAUGAUAAUCCCAACCUUGAGACGCUCCAUGAACUCCUGAUGACGUAUGUGAUGUACAACUUUGACCUGGGCUAUGUUCAGGGCAUGAGUGAUCUGCUGGCGCCAAUUUUGUACGUAAUGAAUAGUGAGAAGGAUGCUUUUUGGUGCUUUGUGGGGUUCAUGGAUCACGUCUUCACCAACUUCGAUAUGGAUCAGGCGGGCAUGAAGAGACAAUUGCAUGAUCUAACGCAGUUGCUGGCAUUUGCCAAUCCGCGACUUUACAACUACUUCGUGGAAACGGGAUCGGAUAACAUGUACUUCUGCUUCCGCUGGCUGCUCGUGUGGUUCAAGAGGGAGUUCUCCCAGGAUGACAUCAUGCGACUGUGGGAGGUGCUCUGGACGGGCUUGCCGUGCAUAAACUACCACCUAUUCAUCAGUCUGGCCAUCCUGGAUGGUGAGACGGAGACGAUCAUUGGGAACAAGAAGGAGUUCAACGAGAUCCUCAAGCACGUCAAUGAAUUGUCCAUGCGACUCGAUUUGGAUGUGAUCCUGGCCAAGGCGGAGGCUAUAUAUCAGCAAGUGAAGGGCGCACCGCACCUGAGCGACGAAAUCCGGGGGAUUAUUGGCGAGGAGCCGGUGGAAAAGGUGGCGGAGAUUCACACGGAUAGCGAUGAUGAGUCGGACGCAGUGAUUAGUGGACCUACAAAGAGCGUGGAGGAGGAGGAGAAGCUCCAGAAGAAGAUUGAGGAAGCUCUCGAGCAAUCCAUGUACUUAAACUUCUACUAGUUGCUCGCCCGUCGCCCGUUAUCGUUAUUCCACUCGUGCGACACUUGCGUGAAUGGAUCAAUUGGUGGAACAGUUGAAGAUUCUCUCUGCUCAGAUAAACGGUGAAGCAUGAAUUUGGGGUAUUUGACAGCGCCUGGAGAGGUGAAGCCAGUCGGUGGGCUGUGUGGUUGCCUUUGUUCUUUCGAAAAAACAAAAAAAAAAUGUACUGACUCAAUUUGGGAAAGAGGGAAUUGACUGACCGUUGAGUGCAAUUUAGUUUGCAAUCUUCACCCACACACAAGAUAUAUGGAAGCCACAUUGUAAUCAAAGAACUGCAAUCAAAACAACGAUUAAUGAUGUAUUUUUGGGGUCAGUUUUAGUUAUUUUCCUGAGUUUCUGUCAAAAUUCGCUUUAUGUUUGCUCUUGAGUUGGAGAAUCUCAUCAAUUUAUUGGACACUACAAUAUACAAAAGCAGACGUUUUACACUUGUACUGAAUAUUGUAAACGAUUUAAAGUGUUAUAAGGUUUUCAAAUAAAUUUGCACGAAGCAAAA